UCUACUACUUCCUGCAAAGCAUCUAUUUACUUUUGUCAGCCUACCAGGUUCGGACGUGCCACUCAAGAUGUUCGGCCGUGAGCAUUUUGUGCCAAAGUUUCAGCAGAAUCAACAUGGUCGCUUUUCUAGCAUAUAGCAGUGUUCCGUUUCUGGAGCCUGUGAGGAGAUCGAUUGACUUUUUCUUCACUAAAACACUGCUGACGCGCGAAGAGUUUGUGCUCAUUGAAAGUAUAUUUGACCUGGUUUUUAAAGUGAAGUGUGAACGGGUGAAUGAAUACAAGUACAUGACGAACCGGCGCCUCAGGACUGGCCUGAAAACCGUCGUCGGUCUUUUUGCAAUCUUGGCCAUGCUCAUGUUUAUCGCUGCCCCGUUGAUCUACUACACCCUGGAGGACUCAUUGACGCAGCAUAACCACAUCAAGUACCUAAGUCUGGACUUGAGCAGCCCCGUCCUCGGAAACAUGUACCACCAGCGAGUCUCAACCUUCCACCAUAUCAGCUACCGUAAGUUUCAACUGAUGAAAAACCAUUACGGGAAAAAUAGGGCGGCUUACACUUUCCUGAACGAGUUCACCCAUGAUGACAUAAUGGUUGCUGAACUUCCAGCCAUUUCUUUGACAGAGUGGUCGACUGCCAUGCCAAGAUCGGAAGUCGCAAAAAUUUUGAGAAACAUGACGAUGCUUCGACCGACGAUCAAAUGGGUUGUGGAGAGGGUGGUCGAGGGUGACGAGGACUUCAAUGACCACACCACCAUGCUCAAAGCACCCCCUCCGAAUAGCACAUUGCCAAAUUUGAUCGGCAAGUUGGCCGAAAUGGUUGAAAAAGGUGGAACGGCAAAACCCGUUCUGCUACCAGACAUCCUGACCAAAUUUCUGCACUUCCACCGAACGGACCCUUCAAGCAACAUCAAGAGUCUCAUGCUAACUAGGGCCCGAGACCCAACGGUGGAUGAUCUGCUUGUCCAGCUGGUAAGGGUGGAGGGAAGUGACAAAUUCGCUUGGAAGCUGUCGGAAAACUGUGACACAGACGAGUACAGGCAGCACCUGUCAAAACUGCCCUUUGCGAAGGACUGCGAGACUCUGGACAUUUUCCUUUUCUCUGCGCACCCACCCUUAUUUGGAGUUGUUAAAAAUUUCGGAGGAUUAAUUGGAAUGUACGCUGGGGUGAUUUUGUCUCUGUGGACAUACCUGGCUAAAAUCUGGAAGCGCGAUGCAUACGAAAUGAUGUUUGAGGAAAUGGUCUCGCCAGAUAAAAUUUUGCAGCUCUGCCUGGAUAUUUACCAGUGCAGAAUCACCCAGCAGGCGGAGAUGGAAUUGGACUUGGGUCAAAAACUGAUCAAUAUCUUCACUUCUUCCACCGAAUUUGACAAGUGGAGCAAAGGAGCUUACGGGAUUGAUCCCCGCGCCCUCAAUUACCCUUGAUGGUUAUUCA